ACACACACACACACACACACACACACACACACACACACACAUUCUUCCUCUAAUCCCUUCCUUCUCUCUUUCACUUUCAUUAGUUUAGAAGCGAAACUUUUAGUGAUCCGAGUUCAGGUUUCCUACAGGAGCUUACACUCAUCCUUCUCCAGCUUCAUAUGCCCCUGAGCCCCUGACUUGGCCAUGCCCCGUGUGAAGGAACUGUCUCACACGGACCAGCUGAAGCAGGUUGGAUUCGGUCGACCUUCUCCACGGCAUGGCCUCCACCUUCUACACUGGUUCUGUACCAAGUGCCUGUAUGUGAAUAGGAAUGAUGAGAUGGUUUCACUCUGUGAUCCUGACAAUGAGGAUUUUGGGUUCCACCUUUUUGAGAAUCGAUUCGACCAGAACUUCGGUCAGCUCCUGCCGAACAUUAACUUCCCGUACUACGUGGUGGGGAAUCUGAACCGCGACGGAGCGGAGCAGCUGCCCGAGUACGUCCAAGAAGCGUACACUGGUGACUAUGACGACAGCAACAAGGACCGCAUCAUCGUCAGCUUUAAACACGGCUGCUUCGAUAAAGUUUACGUGACCGAACACGGAGACGAGUGGAACUACGACCCCGAUAAAACCUACCGCAUUAAUAUUAAAGUCAUUAAAUACAUCAGCCGCAAGAAGAGUACCAUUUUCCUGAGCGAGAUGGGAGUCGGAUCUACAGGAACGAUCUCCUGCGCCGUAACUCCUCCUGCUCCAUACAGGAAAGAAGUUGGCAUCAAAAUCAAUAACGCCGCCGAACCAUCCAGCGGCCGAGGAUUCUGGGAUUACUGCGUGAUCCUGUAAAAUCCGCUCUCAUCGAAUGUCCUGCAGGAUUUCACGUUCGGCUUUUCAUUUCAUUCGGGCAUGUUGGGGUCUUCUGCCGGAGAGGUCCAAAAAACUCCAGGAUUCCAGAACAAACAAACAAACAAAAAAAUCAAGAAUUGAAUAAAGAUAUAAGGUAUAAAAGGUAAAGUUGCAAAAAAGAGAAAAAAAAGCACUUUGUCCUGGGGGGGGGUACAAACUUUUGCACUCCUCCCUUUGCAGUAAACGGAGAUAAAGCGUCAUUGUUUGCAGUAAACAAGUGUGUGUGUGAGUGUGUGUGUGUGUGUGUGUGUGUGUCCUCUAUGGUUUGUGUAGGUUCAGCGCUAAUGUGUGGAGCGAGCUGAGGGAGUCAAACACGUUCAUCUGUACCAGGGGUCCAGGAGGAAAAACAUAUAUAAUUAUUCUGACACGUGAUCGUAGACACGUGCUGUAAUUAACUAAUUAAUUAAUUUUUUUAUAAAUUUGUGAUAUGAUUACAAUAAAGUCAUUAAAGUCA